AUGGCCGAGAAACACGCUCUCAUAUCCCAAGGUGUCAUCAUGUACAAGCAAACGGACGCUAUGAAGGAGACCAAGGAUAUGUCCGAGAACUUAGUGAGUGGUGAUUUCGAAAGACAAUACAGGAACAGAGUGGUAGAGGCCGGUGGAAGGAGGAGACAGGCGUGCUGCGUUACGUUCGCGGUGACAGUCGGUGUAGUUGUUUUGGCUCUGCUGGCCCUUACGAUCGUAAGGGAACUUCAAAUCAAGCGCCUUUGCCAAGAGGUGGAGGAGCUGUCGGCUCAUAUAGUCGCCGUCGAAGUCAACGUGAACGCCCUCAACCAAAGGAUUUCGGACAACAGACUUUUCAACGAGUUCAAAACUUUCGACGACGCGAUCUACACAGACGAUGAUCAAGAGGAGAACAAAGAUUCUGACAAAGAUAAGGAAGACUAUGGAACACUGGAGAAGCUGCACAACCUGACGAUCCUGGAGGACGACACGAUGCCUGAUGACGACUUGUCUGAUGAUGAAGACCUGUAUGACAACACUGACGAAAGUGGCGACUUCUACGAUUACGACAGGCGGAGAGAAAAUAGCAAACCUGGCUCAACGAAUAUGGUUCUAUUAAAUGCUGAGGAUUUUAUGGAUUCCGUAGUGAAGUUCGAUCAGGAGAACAAAGCAUCUCUAUCGACGAUUAAGAAGAUACAACGCAUGCUUAAUGAGAACCCUGAAAAUCCUGAUAUAGUUCGCGUGGAUCACGACCAGCCCCACAACGUGUGGUACCCGUCGGGUUGGACCAUCAGCUCGCCGCACCCACGCCCUACGCUGACGCGCGCCGGACACGUGCACGUGCACCACUCGGGCGUCUACCUCGUAUACGUGCAGAUAUAUUACUUGGAUCGACAUGACAUCAUAUCGUGGGUAUUGCACCGCACCAAUCCAGAAACCGAUGGUCGGGAAACGCUGCUGCAGUGCGCACAAUCUUCCCACUCCACGGAGAUACUGGACAAGCCCAACUCUUGCUUCUCAGCUUCGGCGCUAUAUCUGCGAGCUGGCGAUAGGCUGGCUGUCAGAAACACAGGCGGGAACAGACACUCGCUCAUGGAGCCCGAGAAGAGCUUCAUAGGACUCAUCAAACUCGGUGACGCAACGCAACUUGAGGAAGAACUGUAG